AUAACCGUUCCAGCCACUGCAGGGAAGGAGCCUCUUGUAAAAGGCGCGCAUCUUUUUCUGCACCAGCUACUUCGUGGCAGCGGGGUGAGCUGGUGCUCGGGGUGGGUUUGUGCAUUCAACGGCAUCUCAGGUCUCCCUCGUAAAAUAAAUGCAGGAUCACCCGCUCGCACGAGGUACCAACCGAGCUCUGGCAGCCGUCCCACCGCCAACUGCGGCAGAGCAUGGAGAAAGAUCGGAUGGAGAUGGUGGAGGUGGAGGGGAGGACGGUAGCCGACGAUAUGGUGGAAGACCUGGACGUAUGCAGAGAGUGCGCGGGGACCUGGAAGGUGGCCUGCUACGGAGCCUGGAGCCCCAACUCCCAGUUCUGGGAAGACUUCUUGGAGAACGGUUGGGAGGACGGUGCCUACACCCCUAGAGCCUGCUGUCUGCGAAUCAUGUGUGGACUCCUGUUCUGGUUCUUUGCCCCACUCUGGUGCUGCAAGGCAGUCUUCUUCUUCCUGUUCUGGCCGUGCAUCUGCUGCUGUAGGGCUGCCAAGGAGGGAAACUGUAACAGAGACUACUUUAGAGUGAGGCGUGGUUCCAAGUACGGGAGGAACUCGCAACCCUUGGCCUACAUAGAGUCUGCUCAGCCUUCCCACCCUAACGAAAUCUCGUACCAGUUCUCGGCACCCAGGGGGAUUCCCCCGGAGAGUCCCAUUCCGGAGAUCAGGAUCCAGACUGAGCUGGAGAACGGGACGUACGUGACGUCUCCCGUGGAGGACAGCGAUGUCACGCUGCCUCCUCCAAUCGGCCACCGUCUCCCCACUAUCACUAUCACCAGUGACCAAAUUCAACCUGUAUCUACUGCCAAUGGUCACCCAUUGCACUCCCUGCCUGCUACUAAUGGUCGUUCCUUGCCUGCUACUAAUGGCCACCCAAUGCCUUCCUCUAAUGGGCAUCCACUAACUUCCUCUAAUGGCCGAGCACUGCCCACCUCCCAACCACUGUCAUCCACAGCUAGUACCAGAAGCCAUCACAACACCAAUACUCAGUGGUCACCUGCUGGUACAACUCAGAAAUCUUCCCACUCGGGAAGAAUUCGCGAGGGCAUUGAAGACGACCCGCCUCCACCUUACCCCAUGUCAGAGUCACCAGGAGGAGCAGCAAAGACUCGGUCCAGACAACAGAAUAGUACCUCAUCCACCUCAACCAACCACUCACAAUCUCAUCAUACUUCUCUUCCUCGUCAACCUCCAGCUACUGCAACUGGCACCGGGGCCCACUCUGUGGCGAAAAAGACGAUGUCGUCCAAAGCAAAGGCUAUGGACAACAACCUUUACAGAGCCGUGGUCCUGGAGGGCUUCCAGGGGAUUUCUGGCAAAGUCACUACUGUGUGAACCUCUGUUAUAUCUCCCGCUCUGCCAGCCGUCUGUAUCUGUACUGUUUGGUGUUUGUUUGAUCAAUCCACUGUGCUCGUUGAUGCUUAUUUUUAUGUUCUUCUGUACUGGCUGAUUUUGUAUCAUUAACUACCAUUUUGAUAUUGAAACCUUCUUCACCCAACAAUCUAAUUGUAAUGUGAAUAGCAGUGGAGUUGUUAAUCGGGUCC